UCUCGCUCUUUAACUCCAAUCACCAAGAGUCUCUCUUCCUCCUUUUCUCUUGAAGUUACAACAAUGAUGUUGCAAAAAGAAGAGGUGGAGAUGGACGAAAACGAUGGCAAUGGAGAACAAACGAAGAUCGUAAACAAGGCACACAUGUUAGAAACAAUUCCAUAUUUCUUGACACCAUGAUCAACAGCAGCCGGAGGCAGAGCCAAUUAAAUUCAAUGUCUCCUGCAACACCAGUGGUUAUUUCCUCUGUGCAGGAACUUUAUGAGUUUGCAUGCUCGGGUCCUCUUGUAGAGAAACUGGGUCUGACCCCAAAAAUAAUUGCAGAGACCUUUCAUAGGUGGUUAAAUUGCGGGCUUUACCUCUGCAGAUUAUUUCAAUUCAAUGAACUUAACCUAUCAAUCCCUCAGAAAGCCAGAUUUUAUCACUUUUAUAUACCGGUGUUCUUCUGGUGUGAAGAUCAGAUUUUCCAUCACAGGUCAAUGUUCAAGGAUGCAGAAGAUAUCCCUCCUUUAGUGAUUGGUUUCGCUGCUCCACAAGGAAGUGGGAAGACUACACUURUUUYUGCUCUAGAUUAUCUUUUACGAUGCACUGGAAGGAAAUCUGCAACAAUAUCAAUAGAUGAUUUCUAUUUGACAGCUGAGGAUCAGGCUGAACUGCGAGAAGAAAAUCCUGGAAAUGCACUUUUAGAGCUUCGGGGGAAUGCUGGAAGCCAUGAUCUUCAGCUAUCUGUUGAAACACUGAUGGGCCUAUGCAGAUUAAACCAUCCAGGCAUGAGGAUGAAGCUUCCACGUUACAACAAAUCUGCGUUUGGUGGAAGAGGUGACAGAGCUGAUCCGUCAACAUGGCCGGAGGUUGAAGGGCCACUAGCAGCUAUUUUGUUUGAAGGUUGGAUGCUUGGUUUUAAACCCCUUGAAAUGGAAGUAGUCAAGGCCAUCGAUCCACAGCUAGUGGUUGUUAACRAARAYCUUGAGGCUUAUUAUGAUGCAUGGGACAAGUUUGUUGCGUCAUGGAUGGUAAUCAAGGUUAAGGACCCAAAUUGUGUCUAUGAGUGGCGAUUGCAGGUCAUAGACUUUAUUUCACGUUUCCUGUCGGCAUACAAGGCCUAUCUUCCAACACUCUAUUCAGAAGGACCAAAUGGAUCAGAUAUUGAGCAUCUCCUUGUUGUUGAAAUUGAUGAAAAUAGAAAUCUUAUCUUACAUAGCUAACUAAAUGUGGUUCAUCUAGAAUACUUAGAAAUUAAAAGCCAUUUUUAGUCUCUUGGAGAGAAGAUGUGAUGUUUACAAGUACUGUUAGUGAUAGUUGGCAUCAAUGUAAUAAAAUAUA